AGGUGUUCCUGGUAGCCAUCUUGGAUACACGGAGUGAUUGUUUGGCAAGUAGGUAUAUAGAAAAUAAAGAAAUACCUUCAAAGGCAGGCCCAUUCAUAUCGGAGUAAGAGGUGCAAUAGAGAAAAGAGAAGAGCCCGUGACCAGCCAGACGAGAAGGCAUGAAGACAGCAUCUUAGUACAGAAGCCAUGGCGGACAAGAGAAAACUUCAAGGUGAAAUAGAUCGAUGUCUGAAAAAAGUGGCGGAAGGAGUGGAGCAGUUUGAAGACAUCUGGCAGAAGCUUCACAAUGCAGCUAACGCAAAUCAGAAAGAGAAAUAUGAAGCUGACCUCAAGAAGGAGAUCAAGAAGUUACAGAGGCUCCGUGACCAGAUUAAAACCUGGGUGGCCUCCAACGAGAUCAAAGACAAACGGCAGCUAGUGGAGAACCGCAAGCUCAUUGAAACGCAAAUGGAGCGCUUUAAGAUAGUGGAGCGGGAGACCAAGACCAAGGCGUACUCCAAAGAAGGCUUAGGUCUGGCGCUGAAGGUGGACCCUGCCCAGAAGGAGAAGGAGGAAGUAGGCCAGUGGCUUACGAACACAAUAGACACUUUGAAUAUGCAAGUGGACCAGUUUGAGAGCGAGGUGGAGUCGCUCUCUGUCCAGACACGCAAGAAGAAAGGAGACAAAGAGAAACAGGAGCGGAUAGACGAACUGAAGCGGAUGAUCGAGAGGCAUCGCCACCACAUUCUCAUGUUGGAGACCAUCCUGCGCAUGCUGGACAAUGACUCCAUACAGGUGGACUCCAUCCGCAAGAUCAAGGAUGACGUGGACUACUACCUGGACUCCUGUCAGGACCCCGACUUUGAGGAGAACGAGUUCCUCUACGACUUGGACCUGGAGGAAAUCCCCCAGACUCUGGUGGCCACUUCUCCCCCGGGCAACUCCACCAUGGAUGAUGAGCUGUUCCAGCAGCACUCCAGCAGCACGCCCACCACCUCCACCUCCUCCUCGCCCACGCCUCCCUCACCCGCCACCUGCGUCAUGGAGAACUCUGAGGAUGACAAGAAACGCGGCCGCUCCACAGACAGCGAGGUCAGCCAGUCACCGGUGAAGAACGGGAACCCUUCAUUGUCUUCCUCUUCCUCCUCCUCCUCUUCCUCUUCCUCCUCCUCCUCCUGCUCAUCUUCGUCGUCGUCUGCGUCCUUGGGGACUUCCUCGUCCUCCUCCUCGAUGGUCUCCAUGGCAACCAUCACCGCCGCCGUCAGUGGCGGCGGCGCGGUUUCCGGGAGCGGAGUCCCGGCAGGAGGCCUCCCCGUCUCGGGCAGCUACAGCUCCGCCACGCAGGGGCACGUGCAGUACCAGCAGGCGGCCAAGAGUGCCGCCGCCGCCGCUGCUGCCGCUGCCGCUGCUGCUGCCGCUGCUGCUGCCGCUGUCUCCACGACGACCUCCCCCGCCACCGCCGCAGUCACUAGCAACGCCUCCAGCCCCGGCAGCGGGUUGUUGCCCAGACCCUCUUCGUCCAGCUCCUCACCUCCCACCAGCAGCCAUUCUCAAACGCCGCCCGCUGUGGUGCCUGGCAUGGGCGGGUCAUCUGGGUUUGGCACGGGCGCGGGCCCCGUUCCAGGAAGCGGCGUUCUCGGCCACUCUGGGAUGCCGGCGUCCCUCAGCAGCAUGUCGGCGCUGUUGGCCGGCUCGGGCUCCACACCAGCCCCUUACGCCCAGGCGGCCGCCUCCAACGCCAACGCUAUCGUCAACAGCCUGAUCGCUAACGCUAGCGGCAGCCCCUUGGGGAGCGUGGUCGGGACGACGGUGACCUCCGUGUCCUCGGGCCUCCUGGGCAUGGCCCCUACCUCCCUCAGCCUGGCCCCGGGCUCCACGAGCGGCGCUCAGGGGCCCCCCCUAGUGGCCCCCACCCCGCUGGCGGGAGGAGCGGCCCCUGGAGGGAACUCAGGAAGCUUGCCGGCGAUCGCCAGGCCCCCUAGUGUCCAAAAGCAGAAUGGCAGCACAAGUUACAGCGCUGUGCUAGCUGAAAGCACAUCAGAUGUCGCCCUUAAUAGUGUCAGCCAAUCACAAAACAGCCAGUCAACGUCCUUGGGCUCCUCAACAACUCAGCCUAAGGAUGUAGGGUCCAGCCUGUUCCCACCCAGCAGCCCCUCCCCAUCAUACAGCGAGGCCAAACCAGCAGGAGGCAGCCUUCUCAACGGCCCCCACUCUUACACACAGGUCAUGGAUGGCAUUAAGGAACCUCUGAGUUCUCUGAAGUCCAUGGCUGAAAGGGCAGCUUUGGGGUCAGGCCUGGACGGAGAGAUGGCUAGCUUGCACCUUACUGGGGACAUGUUCCCCAGCUCUACGGCGCCCCCUGGUGCUCCCACAGCACCGCAGCUGUCGCACUCAGAGGUGAACAUCCCCCCGUCGCUGGGCGUGUGCCCGCUGGGUCCUGUGCCCUUGUCCAAGGAGCAGGGGUACCAGCAGGCCAUGCAGGAGUCGGCCUGGGGGCACAUGCCCCACCCGUCUGACUCCGAGAGGAUCAGGCAGUACCUCAUGAGGAACCCCUGUCCUACACUGCCUUUCCAUCACCAGGUGCCCCCACCCCACUCGGACACCGUGGAGUUCUACCAGAGACUCUCCACAGAGACACUCUUCUUCAUCUUCUACUACUUAGAGGGCACAAAAGCCCAGUAUCUGGCGGCCAAGGCCCUUAAGAAGCAGUCUUGGAGGUUCCACACCAAGUACAUGAUGUGGUUCCAGCGACAUGAGGAACCCAAGACCAUCACGGAUGAAUUUGAGCAGGGCACAUAUAUUUAUUUUGACUAUGAAAAAUGGGGCCAGAGGAAGAAGGAAGGGUUCACGUUCGAAUACAGAUACCUGGAAGACCGAGACCUGCAGUGAUGAAGAGAGUGACAGAGAGAAAGAGAGAGAGGGAGAGAGAGAGAGAGAAAGAAAAAGAGAGAAAGAGGUGAAUAGUGGGAUACUGGCAACAUUCCUGGACAGAGUUCUAUCUGCAGUGGGAGGUGGGGUCGGAUGUGGAAUAGGAAGUGGUCCCUGAGGCCCCUCCCCUUUCCCCAUCAUGCCCCACCUAUUAGUUGUAAUGCUUACCAUCGAUUUGCUGCCCUGCCUCCUCCUGUCCAGUCAGGCCAGAUGAUUGGUACAGAGCCUUUAACAUCGUGGCCUUUAUUGGUUGAUAAUAACCCCCACCCCCAACCCCCGCCCUCCCAAGUCACGUAUUCAACAGCAAAUAAGAACCAAAGACAAUGGGUCCAACAUUCUCUCCAGGGCUGCAGCUCUAACAAAUAUACACACACACACACCAAUGCUCUGCCAGCACACACACUAACUGACAGCGUAUAACUGACCACCGAGCGAGGAACACCAGCUCUAAUACUCACCUCGCCGUACAAAUGCCCAGCACAGGGGUGGGUGGGUGCUUACACACACACACACACAAACCUGUGCACACUCAUGCCUUCCAGAAACUCAGAGGUGAGCAUCUUGCUGGGUGUUUUCUUUGGCGGCCCCUCUUUGUCAGUCUCAUCGAAGUGGACAUCAGGUGGAACUCAAUCAGGUGUCAAUAGAGCAGAGAGUGUACUUGCAGAAGCGUUGAGGUCUGUGGAGAGAAUCUUGUCCCUGCCUAAAUUGUAGGGAACAGAACCAACCCCACAGACUGCACAAGGGGCAGCUACGUGAGACAAUGAACGAGGCCAUUUUGAUGUAACUUCAGUUCCAUUUGAUUUUGGUUGCACUUCUUAUCCCCCACCCCCCACCCCCUGAAUGUAGAGUCAACAUUUCAACAUUUCUCUUCUGCCAUGAACGGCCUCAGACAGGGACCAGUGAGUACUGGAGAAGCAGCAACAGAGCAUCAAAACAACAAUAGGACAACAACAACAACAACAACAUACAGUCUCUCUCUUUGCCCUCGUUGCCCACAUUUCAGCACAACAAAUCAAGCACCUACAAGUUAACCGGAGGAAGGCGUCUCGUGCCUACUGCCUUAAUGGCGCCCAUUAUGCCCCCCCCCCACACACACACACACACACAACCCCCCACCCCCAUGCAGAAGCCAUUUCCAGCCCCACAUGCUUUUAAAAACAACAAGCAGAACUCUCCGGAGUCUGGAGUGCCAUGUGAAUGUUUCGUCUUUUCAGCAGCGGGAGCGUAGACACUCGACUCGACAAAAAGACAAGUGAAGAAGCUGAUGUUUCUCUCCUUUUUUUUUUUAUUAUUAUUAUUUUCCCCGAUCAGACGUGCGGUUUUCCAUUGGCUGCAGUCUGGUGUUGUUUUAAUGUUGCGUUGCAAAAAGGGGCUCUCCUGAAAUCCUUUCCCCCUGAACGCGCGUUGUACAGACUUUUCCGUUUCCCCAGCUAUUUUGUCUGUGAUUGUCUGGCCAUGUGAUACAGAAGACAGUCACAGUGGGAAGAGAAAAAAACACACAAAACUGAAAGUAAAUGUCACGUAAUAAAGGAUUGUAAGAUAUUAUUAAAAUAACUACUUUUCAGAA